AUGCCUAGAUCAAGACGUGGCGGCGAAAUCCCUGAGAAUUUUACCUCCGAAACACAAAUUCCGUCAGAUGAGGCCAUCGCAUCAGAAGACCUCGCCGGUCCGGAUGAGGACAUGCCACAGCGCUGGACGAGCAGGACGCCCCGCGAGCGCUCGGCGAAGGCGCCAAAGGAAUCCCCCCUGAUGCUGAUUGCCAUGAACAAGGGACCAACAGUCCAGAAGAAGGCGGUUGAGAUGGAGCUGGCGUGGUUGAAAGAUCGCACGGUGCUGGCCGAGCGGGUGCAAAGGUUGCUCAGGCAACAUGACGUUGCAUUCGCCGUGGAGCUUGUCCGGACGGCGCAGCGGCGAGGAUAUGAUACCCAGGGAGCGUGGAAUGCGAUUCUGGCUUAUUCCUUUGCGCAAAAAGAUGCCAAUGCCGCGUUUCGGUUUUGGAAUGAUAUGAAAAAGCGCGGCUCUAUGCCUAAUUCCCGGGCCUAUACGACUAUGCUGCACGGGUUUUGCAGUGUGGAUAGAACCCCCUUUGUCAAUCCUAUGUCGAUGGCUCGGUCGAUUUACCAAAGUAUUCUCGAUCCCGACAGUGACAUCGAAGUUAAUCUUUUCCAUCAUAAUGCCAUGCUGACUGCUUGUGGGCACCAUGGGGACAUGAAUUUGCUUUGGGAAAUUGCCGGUUCUCUGCCUGAAGACGGACCAGGCUCGCCGAAUGAUUUCACGUACACAAUCAUUCUGAGCGCUUUAAGGAGGAAAAUUCAGAAAGAGGCUGAAACGCUUGGAGCCCGCGAGUACGGAGCGGAAAAGACCUACAACAUGCGGCUGUCGCUGAUUGCGGAGGGCAAAAAAAUCUGGACCGAUAUUGUAUAUCGAUGGAAGAAGGGCGAGUUCGCGAUGACGAAUGAGCUUGUUUCAGCCAUGGCCGGUCUACUUUGGGAAGGUCCCGGUGAUUGGCAUAUGUACGAGGUGCUCAAGCUCAUGAACCAAACUACCGGUAUCCCUAUCCUGACGGAGGAACCAUCACGCGAUCUCGAGGUCAGUUCACGCCGUUCACAUGCAAAACAAGGCACCCCUAGAAAACCCAAAAAGUCAGAGGAGGAUGUGCCGUUUGUGGACCGACUGGGCAGGCAUGUCAGAGAAACGGCCCGCCUGGAGGCUGCCAAGGAUCUGGAGGUCGCGAACGAGCUGGAGACGGAGCUGGAAGAUGAGGCCGACUUUGAGCAUCUUUUCGACAAUUUCCUACCGGAUGCGAAGCCUUACUCUCAACCCCCACCUUCGGAACCAGAACGCUUCGAAGCUUCACCCCGGAAAUUUGUCUUCAGGCGACCUGCAUUUCAACAGCCCGAAUCUCAGACACCAGAGCCAGCCGGGGACGAAGUCAGGGGCCCGAACUACGUGCCUAUAGGCAACCGAGAGCUCUCCAUUAUCAUGGAGACGUGCCUGCAGAUGACUAACGCUGCGAAAGCUGGAAAGGCCUACUGGAAUCACCUUACGGAAGGCGAUCACGACUACGUGGUCACACCAGACCGUCGCGCGUACAUUGGGUAUCUUCGUAUCCUUCGUAUAGCUCGUCAAAGUCGCCUCGCGAUUAAACUCAUCCGCGACAAGCUGGUCCCACAAGGCAUCGAGUCGGGCCUACCGUUUCACCUUGCUAUGAGCAUCUGUCGCCGUGAUCGCAACAAUUUGAAUGUCUUCAAGAACGCCAACGAGCUGCUGAAGCUCAUGGAUGAAGGCCUCAUGCUCCCCGACUACCGAGCCAUAUCCAGCUAUCUCUACCUCCUCAAGAGCCUGCAAGACAACCCGCAGCUCCUCCUGUCUCUGAACGGCCUCGACCCGGAGAAACAAUCCAAGUCCAACCUCCGGCAAAUGGGCAAGGAACUUGUCCUCAAUCUCCAGACAAUUGCAGCAGACCACCUCCGCCCCCUUGUCACCACGCUUGACAAGGCCAUGGAUGCAUCACGAGCGGGCAAACCCGACUUGUCCGGCCGGCACGGCGUCGAUAUUGAAACCGUUAGAUUGCAGAAAGUACCAGGCGAAGAAGCCGUCGCUGUCGCGGCCCGCGUAAGAAUGCUGCUUGUUGAGAUCCUGUCGCCUAAAAGGGAAUACCCUCUCCCCAAGAAGGACCGCAAGCGAUUCGAAGCGGAUGAGGAGUUUCUCCGCAAAUACACUAAAGCCGACGUUAUCGAGUCUCUCCAGCGAAGGAUGAUCUACCCGACUGCUGAGCAGCAAGACCGGUAUUACCGGCGCUUUAUGCCCCAAAAUGAGACCAUUUUUGAUGAGGACGAGGCCCUGACUGUUGAUGAUCCGCCGGCAACCAAGGAUAAAUAG